CUCUCCCUCUCUCAAAAUAAAAAUAAAAAUAAAAAUAAAAAUAAAAAUAAAAAUAAAAAGUCUAUUUUUCCAACAGCCAUCCCAGAAAAUCUGUCUGCAACUCUCCCUCUCUCAAUUCGCAAACUAUGACAAGUUCCUCAACUCAAUCUCGCAAGGUUUUAAGCAAGAUCGCCCAAAAUCGACUCCAGAAAGAGCUUGCUGAGUGGCAGCUUAAUCCUCCCCCUGGCCUCAAACACAAGAUCACCGAUAAUCUUCAGAGAUGGGUGAUCGAUGUUUCCGGAGCACCUGGAACUUUGUAUGCAAAUGAAACUUAUCAGCUUCAGGUCGAUUUUCCUGAGCAUUAUCCUAUGGAAGCACCACAGGUUAUAUUUGUACCUCCAGCUCCUUUGCAUCCUCAUAUUUACAGCAAUGGACAUAUCUGCUUAGAUAUAUUAUAUGACUCUUGGUCCCCUGCAAUGACAGUCAACUCAAUUUGUAUUAGUAUUCUAUCAAUGUUAUCAAGCUCUACCUCAAAGCAACGUCCUCCAGACAAUGACCGUUAUGUGAAGAACUGUAGGAAUGGGAGAUCUCCUAAGGAGACGAGGUGGUGGUUUCAUGACGAUAAAGCGUAAUGUAUGACUAAUUACUAAAUGGACAUGUUGAAGUGGAAGCGGAGGAAAUGCUGUCUCAAAUACUACUUAUUUCCCCCUCCCUCCCCUACACCCCCAAAAAGGUAUCAGGAUUGUAUUCAGAGUAUAUCCUCUUGUUUAGCUCGGGGGAUAACACAUUUAACCUCCGCGACAUGGAAAUGCAAUUGUAAAGCAACGACUCCUGAUUUAAAGUAUGAGAAAGUUAGCUGGUUGUUAAAUGUUA